AUGCCGGCUCUCUACACGGCCAUCGAGGGCCAUACGGCCAAUAUGACUCCGCAUCUUCUCAAACGCAGUCUAACCGUUAACCACACCCAGGCGGUCACUCUCGGCGUGAUUGCCGUUUAUGUGGUGGUGAUCGCACUGCUCUGGAACAUCCCGUACGUGCGAUGGUCACUGUGGCCCUUCAAGGCAUGUGAAAACAACCCCUCCACCUCUGGAAUGCUCGUGAUCGCCUUCCACGAAUUCGGCCAUGCCAUCACUGCGUGCUGUACGGGCGGCAAGGUCAAGUCCAUCUCCCUCGAUCCGCACGAGGGAGGUGUCACUCACAUGCAAGGCGGCAUUAGUGCCGUCACCUUACCUGCCGGCUACUUGGGCUCCUCUAUCAUCGGGGCCCUUCUCAUCUUUGCCGGAUUCGACAUUGUGGCCAGUAAAGUGGCCAGCAUCAUCCUCGGGGUGUGCUUUUUGUUGACUUUGUGGUGGGGGCGCCGAGAUUGGUUGACCAUUGUGACGGUUCUACUGGCGGUCGGGCUACUUGUAGCGUGCUGGUUCAUCGCGCACGGCGAGGCCUUGAGAUGGGUGGUGUUGUUCAUCGGCGUCAUGUCCGCCCUCUACAGUGUCUGGGAUAUUUGUGACGAUCUGAUUCUUCGAAAAGUGAACUCGUCGGAUGCGAGCGUCUUUGCCCGGAGAUACGGCGGCUCAUCGCAGUGCUGGGGUGUGAUCUGGUCCAUCGUCUCCCUUCUUUUCAUGGUGGUGGGAAUCAUUGGGGGAAUCGCAGCCUUUCCCCAAUCUUUCAGUCAACAGCAAACAGACUCGAAAAACUUCAUCCCGACCUAG